AAUUUGUUAGGUGUAAUCUGGUGUGACGCCACUAAUCCCACAGCUACAAAACACCGGUCCCCUGCACCCUGCUCUACGCAGACCGCUGCAACCUCCUGCCAGCAACUUCACAUCUGCCUCAGUACAAAGCUGAUUUAAAGAGCCGAGGACAUGGCUGUGGUUAGUGGAACUUACCGUAUGGUGUCGGAGGAGGAGCAGGCUCUCAGGGCUAAGCUGGAGCGUCUCACCGUCAAGGACCACGGGCCAGUGUUUGGAUCCUGUGCCAGUCUGCCAGACCACACUAAGCAGAAGGCAAAGGAUGAGCUGAACGAGACAGAUGAGAAGCGGGUGUCUGCGGUGAAGGAGCUGCGAGGAAUGAUAAAGGAAAAGGCGGACGCAGGUGAUGAUCUGGCCAAGGGGGUGCAGAACACCUUCGGGGAGAAACCCGACACUUUGCUGGUCCGCUUCAUCCGCGCCAGGAAGUACGAUGUGCCCAGAGCCUUCGAACUUAUGAAGGGCUACGUGCGAUUCAGGAAGGAUUACCCUGAGCUGUUUGAGAAUCUGACCCCGGAGGCCGUACGCAGCACCAUCGAGGCCGGCUACCCUGGCAUCCUGCAGAGCAGAGACAAGUACGGCCGUGUGGUUUUGCUCUUCAACAUCGAGAACUGGGACUACGAGGAGAUCACUUUCGAUGAGAUCCUUCGUGCUUACUGUGUGAUCCUGGAGAAGCUGCUGGAGAACGAAGAGACUCAGAUCAACGGGUUCUGCAUCAUCGAGAACUUCAAGGGCUUCACUAUGCAGCAGGCGUCAGGAAUCAAACCCACCGAGCUCAAAAAGAUGGUGGACAUGUUGCAGGAUUCAUUCCCUGCCCGUUUCAAAGCUGUGCACUUCAUCCACCAGCCCUGGUACUUCACCACCACCUACAACGUGGUCAAACCUCUCAUGAAGAGCAAGCUGCUAGAGAGAGUGUUCGUCCAUGGAGACGAGCUGGAAAACUACUACAAGGAGUUUGACGCGGACAUCCUGCCGUCUGAGUUUGACGGAAAAGGCGCCAAGUACGACGGCAAGGCCACAGCGGCCAAGCUGUUUGACUAAACAUCCUCCAUCCAUCAUUAAGAUAUUGCAAACUCCCAUAGACUGUGGAGACUCAAAUUCUAGCUGUGUGGUUGUAGAGAAAAAAAGAUAUGAAUGAAAUUGAAUUGUUUGCCAGAGGUCCUGCCAAAGCACAAGAACAGAGGAACAAGGUGGCCUCUCUUACUCUCACCCUUCAGUCAUUACUCCACUCUACAGUAUUCUGUAUAUUCUAUAUCUGUUAUCAGCAGCAUUGAGCAGCAUACUGAGACGCUGUUUCUUGCUCCUCUGUGAAGUUGUGCUUUGUUCAGACUGUAGCUCAUCCACACAGCUUGUUGUGACACUGGCAGGCCCCAGAUUACUCAGUUUCCACUCUCCACUCCCCCCAGUCUCUCCUUGAAAGCUGAUAUUCCAACUUUUAGGUUGUUCUUCAAUAUGAGUAUUAUCAAGUUUUACCCCUUGCACCAAUAAGAAUGUUAAUAAAUGUACAAUAAACUGUAUAUAAAUAUAA